AUGGCCAAUUAUGGACCUGCUUAUGGAUCGCUGGCUAACAAUCUUGUGAAAAUAGCGGCAAAACGCGAUCCAGAACUUGAAAACGAAAUACAAACAUGGAUUGAAUCAGUAAUUGGUGAGAAAUUUCCGAAUUGUUCUUAUGAAGAUGCUCUUAAAGAUGGCAUUAUCUUAUGCAAAUUGAUGAACAGACUUGAACCGAAUGCAAUUGACAACUUUACGAUAACUGAUGGAGGAUUUAGAUCGCGCGAGAAUAUCUUACUUUUUCAAAAUGCAGCUCGAGCUUACGGUCUACUUGAUCUAGCGUUAUUUCAAACAGUAGAUCUUUACGAAAAACGGAAUAUUCCUCAAGUAACACAUUGCUUAUUAACACUUGCACGACAAGCUCAAAAGAAAAAUUUUAAUGGACCUCUACUUCGACACAAUGCACCUGAAUUUCGUGCUUGCAAGAUUCCCGAAGACAAACUAUUUCCUAGAAAAAGUCUGGCCGGUUUUCGUUAUUCAGGAUCGAAAAAAUCUACACAUUUUUUUACCUAA